AGGAUGCCCGGCCAGCAGGCGCCCUGAGAGUGGAGGGCGACGGAGGAGGACCCUCCGCCAGGGCGAGGGAGGCCGCGUGGAGAGGAGCCGCCUCCAGUGUGGAAAUGUGAGAGCAAGUUGGUGACAUCUUUCAGCUGGAUACAUUGCCCAAAGAAGACCUCAAAUGUGUGCCAAGAAGCCAGUGAUUCUAUUGCAGAGAACUCCAUGGAAAUGUACAGGAAGAAAGUGCCUUCAAACACCUGUGCACCUGGGAAUCCAGGCAUCUGCUUCACUUCAGAAGAAGCAUUCAUGAUUCAUUUCAAGAAGACUUGAGCAGGAAGAACUGAGCUUCAGGUAUACCGCAGGUACCUUGCAUUGCAGAUGGGUUAGAAGAGAGAAGAGCUGCUUCAUGGGAUUUUAUCACAUUUUUCCUGAAAGUCCCACACACAGGUGGGAACUUGAAGACAUGAUCAGGCCAUGGAGUCUCCUCAUUUGGGAAGGGGCUACUCAAAGAAAUCCUUGUUCCUGUUUUACCUUCUGCCACAGGAGGACACAAGAAGGUUUUCAGAUGGUGAAAAUGAUCUGUUUCCGAACACGGAUGAGCCCUGUGGGAUAGAGACCCUUGAAGGUAACAGAGAGGCAGAGCUCAUGAACCAGCUGGUGCCUGUCUUUUUUGGUAGGAACCCCGACUGGGGCAGCACCUUCAGGUCUAUUUACUCAGGUUUCAUCACCAGCCAGCAGGUGCUGGAGCUGCUCUUCCCAAGUGCCGUGCCCAUCAACCCGGGUACCUGGAUGGAGCAGUACAGCGAGGCUUUCCAUCAGCCUCCAGGCCUCAUGAUUCUCCAGCUGCUGCUGCCUUACCUUCAACUGUACAUGGGUGGCUUGAAUCUGGAGCGCCAAGCACACCACCUGCUGGCACAGCUGGAGGAUGGCAAGUCCAGCGAGGCAGAGCCUGAGUUCCAGGAGGCCCGGGCUACAGACUCACUUCCAAUGCCCACCCCAGGGCUAGAGCCUCAUCAAGGAGCUGCUCUGGUGGCCAGUGAAGGAGCAGCACCAUCGCCAGAGGCAGAGCUCAAGUCCAGUUCCCCCGAGGUCUCUGCUCUGAGCUCCACAGUACCUCUGUACAACCAGCGAGUGGGAGACAGCUGCUCCAUUCAUGUCCAUCUAGAAAAUCAAAGGCGAAUGGAGUAUAAGAACAUCGUGGUGAGCCAUUCAGCAGGGGAUCCCCUGGGUGCCCUCACUGGGGAAGGCAGAGAACAUAGCUUGGACUAGGCCUGCCUUCAUGAAUUAGAGCUUCUGGAAGGUAAAUAAGAUUGAAGAGGAUGAAGAAGACAGAGCUCAGUGUUAAGAAGCUGACCUGAGAUGAGGGAGAGCAGCUGCAUGCCCCAGCUCCAGGUGUGAGUGGGCCUGCAGGGUGUGGGGUUUGCAGUAUGGAAGUGCAGGGGUAAGUGCUUGCUCAGAUGAGGUCAGAGGAACGCAUAGGGUGCAGGCUGCACUCUGAAGCCUGGUGUCUAGAGUGAGUUGGACCCUUGGAGGUUUGUGCAGAGGAUGCAGCAGUCAUAACUCCUGUGUGCUGGAAGGCAUAUGUAGAAUGGAAGGGAUCCUCCUUAGCAUAAUGAGGUUAGGUUAUUGCAGGUCACAGACAACUGGGGUUUUUCAAGAAAACAUAUGUCAUACUUUGCACAGACCUAAAUAGGGAGCUAGCAGCUCCCUUUGCACAAUUUUUCUGGAUGUGGGGUUUAAGCCCUAACUCUCCAUGUGUCCAGUGACAGAGAAGUCCUGUUCAAACAUUGCCUCAGUGGGGUCCAUACUGCAUUACAACACAUCGAGGAAUGA